GUGAAAAGUAAUUUGAACAGGAGUAAGAUUCUGAGAAACCAUGGCACAAUCGACGCAGGACAUGAAGGACCCCCAGAAAAGGGACGAGCUGGAUGAGAGGGCAAGGAAGGGAGAGACUGUCAUUCCUGGUGGAACUCGCGGGAAGAGUCUCGAGGCCCAAGAGCACCUUGCUGAAGGACGACGCAAGGGUGGACUGAGCACCACGGACCAGUCCGGAGAAGAGCGUGCUCGCGAGGAAGGCAUUCCUUUAAAUCCUCUCGAGGCCAAGGAAAAGCAAGGCUGACAUCUAUAUAUAUGUUAGAUGAAGACAAACUGGGGUGUUGAACUUGUUGUUUACUCUAACUAGUUUUUUCAUCAGAACUCGAUCGUCCGGAGUCGUAUGUUUGUAGCACAUAUGUUGUUAUGUAGUUGUUUGUUGUCCACUAUAGUAGUGUAGUAUACUAGUAUAUGUUUGUAGAG